AUGACGCAGUUGAGUUGCAAAAUACCCAGUACCGCCACUACAACCAAUUAUUGCACUAAACAGCUACUCAUCAAACUCAACAAUUCACUUGUAAAUUUCACUCGUUCUUGCCAUUACCAAGAUGCUCUCCAUCUCUUCGUCCAACUUCACUCUUCCCAUGAUCUUAAACCUGAUAUCUACACUCUCUCCACAACCCUCACUGCGUGCGCAAAUCUCCGCAAGUCCACCUUCGGUAACCAACUCCAUGCCUACACUAUACGUACCGGCCACAAAUUAUGUUCUCACGUGGCAAAUUCAAUCCUUUCGCUCUAUAAAAACACGCAAGAUUUUGUUUCAGUUAAAAGGGUCUUUAGUGAAAUAGAGAACCCAGAUGUUUAUUCUUGGACGACGUUGUUGUCGGCUUGUACUAAGAUGGGUCAUGUUGGUUAUGCUUGUGAACUGUUUGAUAAAAUGCCUAGUAGAGAAUUGGCGGUUUAUAAUGCGAUGAUAAAUGGGUGUGUGGAAAACGGGCAUGAAGAUAUUGGUAUUAGUUUGUUUGGAGAAAUGCAUAAAUUGGGCAUUAGGCAAGAUAAAUAUAGUUUGGGUAGUGUGUUGAGUGUGUGUGAUAUAGGAUUAGUUGAACUUGGGAGGCAGUUGCAUUCGUUGGUGAUUAAAACUGGGUUUUUGGUUACAGUUUCUGUGGUCAAUGCGUUGAUUACUAUGUACUUUAACUGUGGAAUUGUUGCGGAUGCGAGUAUGGUUUUUGAAGAAGCGAAAAAAUUUGCGUGUGAUAAUAUUAGUUUUAAUGUGAUGAUGGGUGGUUUGGUGAGUUUAGGAAAAGUUGAAGAGGCUUUGAUGAUGUUCAGAAAGAUGCUACAGGCUUCUUAUAGGCCCAGUAAACUGACGUUUGUGAGUGUAAUGAGUGCAUGUUUUUGUGUCGGAGUAGGGAGCCAAGUGCAUGCUCAAGCCAUUAAGAAUGGUUUUGAGGCAUUAACUUCUGUGAGCAAUGCAGCAAUAACCAUGUAUUCCACCUGUGGGGAUUUAGAUGCAGCUCAGAUGGUUUUUCAGAGCUUGGAAGAGAAAGAUCUUGUCUCAUGGAAUACUAUGAUAUCAAGCUAUGCUCAAAGGAACCUGGGUAGAAUGGCAAUCUCGGCCUAUCUGAAAAUGGAGAGGGUAGCGGUCAAAUCAGAUGAGUUUACUUUUGGAAGUCUGUUGGCGAGCUCAGAGUUUGAAGAAAUCGUAGAGAUGAUUCAUGCCCUUGUAUUUAGAAAUGGGAUCAUCUCAAAUAUCCAAGUUUCUAACGCAUUGAUUUCUGCAUACUCAAAGCAUGAGCAAAUAAAGCAUGCCUAUCAAAUAUUUCAUGACAUGUCUUAUAGAAAUUUGGUAACCUGGAAUACUAUCAUUUCUGGGUUCCUGUUAAAUUCUUUUCCAGUGCAAGGGUUAGAGCAAUUUUGCAAAUUACUGAUGUCAGAUGCAAGGCCAGAUGUGUAUACCCUCACCAUUGUUUUGAGUAUUUGUGCUAGCCUUUCAUCCUUAAGACAUGGAAAACAGGUUCACGGUUACAUCUUGAGAUACAAUCUUUUCUCAAAGACCUCUUUAGGUAAUGCUCUGAUUUCAAUGUAUACAAAAUGUGGGAAUCUGAAUUGUUCUGUGAGAGUGUUUAAUGAGAUGAUUGAAAAGGAUACUGUCUCUUGGAAUGCCCUAAUCUCUGCAUAUGCACAGCAUGGAGAAGGAAAGGAAGCUAUCAGUUGUUUUGAGGCAAUGCAAGAUGCAGUUGGCCUUAUACCUGACCAUGCCACCUUUACUGCUGUUCUUUCUGCUUGCAGCCAUGCAGGUUUAGUUGAUGAUGGCACUAGGAUAUUCAACUGCAUGGUGAACUACUAUGGCUUUGUUCCUGCAGAAGAUCAUCUAUCUUGUAUGCUUGACCUUCUUGGAAGAGCAGGGUAUCUUGAUGAGGCUGAGAGACUAAUAAAUAAGGAUAUUCAAGUGCCUUCUAGUGUCUGGUGGGCAUUAUUCAGUGCUUGUGCAGCUCACGCUUCAGGUUUAUGGGAAGAAGCUGCGAAUAUAAGGGAACUGUCAAAGAGAACAGGGGUGAUGAAGCAACCUGGUUGCAGCUGGAUUGGGUCAUAAAACCAUGCAAGCUCGAAUCCUGAUAUACUGAAAGUUAAAGAUGCAAGUAUCAGACUGACAAUAAACAUAGUCCAACAUGAAAUGGGAACUGAGAAUUCAACAAAUGACGUGUUGUAUGCUUCCCUAGCUCUGGAAUGGUAAAGCCUAAUGGAUUGAUGCACAAGCCGAAGUUAUCGUUGAGAACAUAUUGUGGGGAUUUAAAUCCAUUCUAAAGACAGCUUGAGAAGAAUGUUGUAGUCAUUUAGGAGCACUAGUUAUUUGGCAUAUUUGAGAGAGCCACCAAGAUAAAUAACUACUUGCAAAUGUCAACCAUUUUGAACAGAGCUAAGUAGUGAAAUCCUUGAUAAGGUUUUUUCCUGACCGUGUCAGGUCAUGAGAAAGAAGUAAGCAGUUCUCUAUGACUCUAUCCCUACCACUUUCAUAAAGAUAUAGGUGAUGUUGAACAGUUGGUUUAUAUGAGGAAGGUUUCGUGUAUCAAAAUUCGUGGAUUUAGUAUACUGUAAAAAAAAAAUAUAUAGAAUGAAAGUCCACUUCCCAAAGUCAUUAUUACAUUAAGUGUACUAAUAGUGGCUGCCCUUAUAAUCCAUCAAUGCAGAUUGCACAAUGAACUCCAGGUGCGGAUCAUGGUUCACGUCAUGUCAGUUGAUCGCAUCUUCAUCAUUAUCAUCUUCUACUACACAAGCAAUACACUGAACCACGACAUCAGAGUAGUUGCAUGACUACCAAAACAAACUAGCAGUUACAUGACCACUAAACCACCAAGCACGAUUGGGCCCAGGCCAGUGAUUAUCUAUCUGAUUCUAUAAUUCUUCUAUUUUUAUACAAUCUGUUGACCCACCAGCCAGCUUAUCUACUUUUUUCUCUGAAAUGGCAUGGAGGCCAAUAAGUUGGUGCCAGAUAAGAGCUCUCUGUGAUUAAUUUUGGCGGUCAUUUUUGUAUACAGGAGUUGGGUAUGAGAUUUUAUUGGAUAGUUACUUUGUUUGCACCGGCAAAUGACUUGUUUCUUCGUUAUUCUUCUU